AUGCUGAGGCUGCUCCUGCUGUCUUUGGGACUCCUGCAGGGAAUCCACACCGUCUUUGCCUCUAGCUCCAGCCACAGCCGUCUGGAUGAGGUGGGAUCCAUUCUGGAGGAAGUGGGAAGGGCCAGCUACCCGAGCCUUCUGCAGCUGGUCAAAGAGGCACCCCCAGAUUUUGAACAGUUGGCUCUGGAGGUGCCAAUAGCCCAAGACGACCUUGUGCCAGAGGCCAGCAUGAUAGAGUCACAGAUGUUGUCAUCAGCCCUGCAGGCCCAGGGACGGGAGGAGCGCUCCCCAAGGAGAUGCGUCCGCUUGCAGGAAUCCUGUCUUGGCCACAAACUCCCUUGCUGUGAUCCGUGCGCCAUCUGCUACUGCCGCUUUUUCAACGCCAAUUGCUUUUGCAAGAAAUUCAGCAACACUUUUCCAUGUGGCAAGAACUAG